CCCUAUUUAAUCCCCUCACUUGGCCCCCAUCUCCUUCACUUUUUAUUCACCAAAAAGCAAAAGAAAAACACUCAACGUCUCUCUGUUAAUACUCCAAAAAAGCUCUGUUUUUUCAUUGUUUAUUUUGCAUAAUCACUUCAAACCCAGAUCUAUAGCCCCAUUGUUUCACCAAAAAAAAAUAUGGCUGAAAAUUGCACUAGAAAGUUGAUAGUUGAAAUCUGCAAUGCCAAGAACUUGAUGCCAAAAGAUGGUCAAGGAACAGCCAGUGCUUAUGCCAUAGUUGAUUUUGAUGGUCAAAGAAGGAGGACAAAGACCAAGUUCAGAGAUUUAAACCCUGUUUGGGAUGAAAAGCUGGAGUUUUUAGUUCAUGAUAUUGAAUCCAUGGCUGCCGAGAUGUUGGAGAUUAAUUUGUACAAUGAUAAAAAAAUGGGGAAACGAAGCACGUUUUUGGGUAAAGUGAAGUUGGCUGGCAGUGUUUUUGUUAAAGCAGGGGAAGAGACUCUGGUUUAUUAUCCGUUGGAAAAAAGGAGUGUUUUUUCUCAGAUUAAAGGUGAGAUUGGAGUUAAAGUUUUUUAUGUUGAUGAAGAAGCGCCGCCGGCACCGGCAGAACCUGCGGCUGAGCAGAAAGCAGAGACGGCUGAGGAGAAGCCAAAGGAAGAGGAAGAUAAGAAGGAGGAAAAUGUGGAGGAAAAGAAAGAAGAAGAAGAGAAGCCUAAAGAAGAACCACCCAAAGAAGAAGAGAAACCGAACCCACCGCCGGCUAGUAAGUCCGAAGACACAACCGCAGCUGCUACUCCUCCGCCGCCGCCGCCAGAGGUGGAGAACCCUCCAAUAGCACAUAAAGAAGAAGCAUCAUCAACGAAGGUAGUAGCAACAAAAAGCAAAGUUGAAACAGGUAAAAGCAGUCAGCUUGUGAUUAACGAGUUAGAACUCCGAUCACUUUCCGGUGACCACAACCGUAUCGCAUACGACCUCGUAGACCGUAUGCCAUUUUUAUACGUCCGAGUUGUUAAAGCAAAACGAGCCAACAAAGAACCAGCUUGUCCCCUUCAUGCAAAACUGGUUAUCGGUACUCACAGUAUCAAAACCAAAAGCCAAAUCGACAAAGAUUGGGACCAAGUCUUCGCUUUCGACAAAGAAGGAUUGAAUUCAAGUUCCUUAGAAGUUUCAGUCUGGGCUGAAGAAGAGAAAAAAGAAGAACAAAAAGAAGGAGACGCCGCCACCACUGCUACCACCGUGGUGGUGGAUAAUUGUCUCGGAGCGGUGUCGUUUGAUCUGCAAGAAGUGCCCAAAAGGGUUCCUCCCGAUAGUCCUUUGGCUCCUCAAUGGUAUAGUCUUGAAUCGGAGAAGUCACCUGGAAAUGACGUCAUGGUUUCUGUCUGGGUCGGGACUCAGGCCGAUGAAGCUUUUCAAGAAGCUUGGCAGUCGGAUUCGGGUGGGUUAAUACCCGAGACCCGAGCUAAGGUUUAUUUGUCUCCAAAGCUUUGGUAUUUGAGAUUAACGGUUAUCCAAACCCAAGAUUUGCAGCUUGGUUCGGGAUCUGAACCUAAGGUUCGAAGUCCUGAGCUUUAUGUUAAGGCUCAGCUUGGGGCUCAAUUGUUUAAAACCAGUAGGACUCCGGUUGGUUCGGCUUGGAACGAGGAUUUAGUUUUUGUGGCGGCUGAACCGUUUGAGCCGUUUUUGGUGGUCAUGGUUGAGGAUUGGAGUAACGGGCAGUUAGUGGGUCAGGCUAAAAUCCAUGUACCUAGCCUUGAGAGGCGAACCGAUGAUAAAACUGAACCGAAAUCAAGAUGGUUCAAUUUGGUUGGUGCUGAAAAUAAACCAUACGCAGGUAGAAUACACGUGAAGGCAUGUUUAGAAGGUGGGUAUCAUGUGCUUGAUGAAGCUGCUCACGUGACUAGUGACGUCCAAGCCGCCGCUAAGCAGCUAGCUAAGCCUCCGAUUGGGUUGCUCGAUGUUGGGAUUCGAGGAGCGAGUAACUUGUUGCCUGUGAAGACCAAAGACGGUACACGUGGCACAACCGAUGCAUACGUGGUGGCUAAGUAUGGGCAAAAGUGGAUCCGUACACGUACGAUACUUGAUCGGUUUAAUCCACGUUGGAACGAGCAAUAUACUUGGGAUGUAUAUGAUCCAUGUACAGUGCUUACUAUUGGGGUAUUUGAUAAUGGAAGGUACAAGCGUGAUGAAACAGGGAAGCCCGGUAGAGAUCUACGUAUCGGUAAAAUACGUAUACGGUUGUCUACACUUGACACGAAUAAAGUGUACUUAAAUUCAUAUAUGCUUACAGUAUUGUUACCUAAUGGGGCCAAGAAGAUGGGAGAGAUUGAGAUAGCGGUUCGAUUUUCUUGCUCAUCAUGGCUAAGUCUAAUCCAAGCCUAUGGCACCCCAUUGUUACCAAGAAUGCACUAUCUUCGCCCAUUGGGUCCAGCCCAACAGGACAUACUUCGCCAAACGGCUAUGCGCAUAGUAACGGCUAGGCUAGCUCGGUCCGAACCACCUUUGGGACAAGAAGUAGUUCAGUUCAUGUUGGAUACGGAUACACACGUGUGGAGCAUGAGAAAGAGCAAGGCCAAUUGGUUUCGAGUCGUCGGCUGUUUGUCACAUGCGGCAAUUUUGGCACGUUGGUUAGAUGGGAUUCGCACGUGGGCACACCCGCCGACGACUAUCUUAGUUCAUGUUUUGCUUAUAGCGGUGGUGAUGUGCCCACAACUAGUCCUCUCCACCAUAUUCAUGUAUGCCUUCUUAAUUUUGGCAUUGAGAUUCCGUUACCGCAUGCGAGUCCCACACAAUGUAGACUUAAGGCUCUCUUACGUUGAUGCUGUCGGUCCUGAUGAGCUCGACGAAGAAUUCGACGGGCUUCCAACCACACGAUCACCAGACACAGUACGGUUCCGAUACGACCGUUUACGCGCGUUGGCAAGCCGGGCACAAACACUAUUAGGGGAUGUAGCAGCCCAAGGGGAACGUUUAGAAGCAUUGUUUAAUUGGAAAGACCCAAGAGCUACAGGCAUUUUUGUGGUAGUUUGCCUAUUUGCUUCAUUGCUAUUUUAUGUGGUACCAUUCAAAGUCUUUGUGUUAGGGUCAGGGUUCUACUACAUCCGACACCCGAGAUUCCGAGGUGAUAUGCCAUCGGCUCCGCUCAACUUCUUCCGACGACUCCCGUCACUUUCCGAUCAAAUUAUGUAAAACAAACCGUCGAUCCAGACCGACAAGUGUAUUUUCGAUACACUUUCUACCAUGCUGUUGGUAGGUUUAUAUUUUAUUUUUUUGGUUUUACGUAAUAAAAAUUUAAUUAAAAAGUUGAUGUUGGAAUUUCCAUUAAAGUAGAAAAAGUGACCGUUGAUGUUUGGGCAGUGGGACAA